CUGGGCCCCUGUCGCUUGAUACUGGACAGCUUGUAGACUCCUUCUCCCCUUCACGACGACGAGAAGCAGCAACGAAUUCCAACAUCUCCCCCGAAAACCCGCACGCACACCAUGGCGCCCCAACGCUCGCUACUGCAGUGCGUCUGCAGCGUCCUGCUGUUUGUCGCCAUCGCAAACGCCCUCAAGUUCGACUUGAUCGCCCAAACCGAGUCUGCCAAGAAGGAGCGCUGCGUUCGCAACUUUGUCGGCCAGGACACUCUCGUCGUGGUCACGGCCACCAUCGAUGGAUACAGAGGCGAUGGCAUGCUGGUGAACAUUUACAUUCGAGAUGCCGUUGGCAACGAGUACGGUCGCCCUAGAGAUGUCGUCGGAGAGUCGAGGACCGUCUUCACCUCGCACGCCGACGCCGCCUUUGACGUUUGCUUCGAGAACGUAUUCACUGGUUCCAAGCGAAUCAACAACCCCACCCGCCACGUCGAGCUCGACAUUGACAUUGGUGCCGACGCCAAGGACUGGUCGGCCAUCCAGGCCACCGAGAAGCUCAAGCCCCUCGAGGCUGAGCUCCGCCGCAUCGAAGAGAUCACCGGCGAGCUCGUCACCGAGAUGGAGUACCUCCGCACCCGAGAGCAAAAGCUACGAGACACCAACGAGAGCACCAACAACCGUGUCAAGUGGUUCGGUAUCGCCACCACCUGGCUGCUGAUCGGCCUCUGGGCUUGGCAGAUUAUGUACCUCCGCGCCUACUUCCGAUCGAAGCAUCUCAUCUAAGGGGUCUGUUUUAUGAAGCGUGCGUCUUGAGUCCACUAGACGGCGCUGAGUCACGUCAUCAGCGUCUAUUCGGGUGGAAGAUGCAAUUGUUUGGGAGGACCUGAAGGCAUUGCAGCCUGCGGUCCUGCUGGGUCUAAUUGUGGAAGUGCUUUCCGGGCAUGCUGGCGUUGGAAAUCGCUGCAUGUACAUGAUCGGGAUGGGAAAACAAGGCAGAGCCUGCCGUCGCCGAUAUGCACUGACGAGCUAGAGUGUAACAAAAGUCAUGAAAAUGCAAUAUAAUAUGUUCAUAUUUAGUCUUUUCGACGAAGCAACAUCUGAAUGAAUACGAAUGAACACGAAUGAACACGAA